CUCUCUCGCUUCUACAGAGCGCGCUGAUUGACUGAAAUACGUCCGCGCUCAUCGUCAGUCAGGAUGGAUCGCUGGACUGGACGUGUGGCCAUCGUCACGGGAUCGAGCGCCGGAAUUGGCGCUGCUAUUGCCCGCCUUCUAGUAGAAAAUGGUUUGAGGGUUGUUGGGGUUGCCAGACGGGACGAAAGAGUUCAGGAAUUGGCAGAAGAGCUUAAGAAGGAAGGCGCGAAGGGAGAGUUGUUUGCAAUUAAAGGAGACGUAACUAACGAGGAAGACAUAAAACGGGUUGUCAAGUGGGCCAGAGAAAAUCUCGGUGGAGCGGACGUGCUGAUAAACAACGCCGGUGUUGCUCCCGACUGCCCAUUGACAAAAUUUUCAUCGAAGAAUUUUCGCCAAUUAUACGAUACCAACGUCGUUGGUUUGGCUCUUUUCUCGCGGGAAGUAAUUCAGGACAUGAGAAGCAGACGAAUUGACGACGGGCACAUAUUUAAUAUUAAUAGUGUUUGCGGCCACUCAAUCAUCGAGAUGCCAGAAGUCGGCGCUUACAGUGGCACCAAGUACGCGGUCACAGCUUUAACUGAAGGAUUGCGCCGAGAACUAAGGGAUCUCAAGACUAAAAUCAGAGUCACUAGCAUUAGUCCCGGCAUAGUGAGGACGGAAAUCGCGGAAGCAGCAGGAGUGCCCAAGAAAAUCUCAGAUUCACAUUUCGAUGAGAAUCCUUGUCUCGAGGCUAAAGACGUGGCUGAUGCUGUUUUGUAUGCUCUGUCAGCACCCCCACAUGUGCAGGUUCAUGAACUCAUCAUCCGACCCGUAGGGGAGAGUUUCUAAUAACCUAAAACCUACAAACCAAAAUAUUUACUGUACGCAUUCUAAGGAGACCACUAAAUUAACUUUUUUGAUAAAUUUAGUUGUCACACAUUGUAAAUUGAGCUUUAUUAUUUGUAUGUCGAAUUUGGCGUUUGAUUUGAUAGCAUUUAAAAGAUUUUGUGAAGUCAGGGUAGGUUUGGAUAGCAUGGAAUUGAGAUUUUUAAAGCAAUUGUUAGUGCUACAACCAGCACAGCUGCCAAGCAUUGUUUUCUAUUGGGAUAUUUAAUUUUGGAGGACAUAAAAUGAAGUUAUUGAGGAAAAUUAAAAACUUUUCAAAAUAGAUCGCCGAGAGUGUUAUGUGUAUUUUUUCUCUCUAUAGAGGAGAGCAAAUAUCGGUUCAGCCCCCGGCCGAUUUCUGGUUAUGCAGCAUGCAAAUCACAUGAGUUAGGCAUAUUGCAUUAUAUCGGAGAUAGACUAAAUAUAUCAAUAAUAAUUGAUUGAAGCGUGUCAGAAUUCUAUGAAAAAUUAAAAAAUAAAUGCAAUGAAUAAAGCGCA